UCUAUUGGUUCCAGGUACGUCUUUGUUAGAUAGUUGUUAUUGAGAAUAAACACCCACUGCAAGUGUUUGGUUAUAGCUCACUGUUGAAUGGCAGAACAGAAUAAGAACUUAACGGGUGGCCAGCACAACAGCCAGGGUCCUGACUCCUACGUCAGACAAUGCGUUUGUCAACAGUUCCCACCAUAUUACAUGUCCACAGCACAUUUCCCAACCUAUAAGGUAGCCAUUUUCUGGCUAGACUGACAGUCGCGCUUUGAAGGGUUGCCGUGUUGCUAUUACAUUAGUAACCUUGCACCCGCCGCUCGCCAUUGAAAAUUCCUUCGCUGCACCCUUCAUCCUUUUGUACACAACUUGCGAAUACACACACACCUCCGUUCUCACGGCUCAGAGGGAUCAUCGUUUCAGAAAACAAACAGUCCACAAUGGACUGGGCCGACACAAGAGGAAGGUACCUGCUGUUUAUUACAGUAGUAUGUGGUAGGAAGCACGGGGACACACACGUACACGGCACAGCGGCAGCACACAUCGUGAACUGUCUUAUUUGGUGUUUCGUGCGAGGAAAGGAUUUCUAGAGUUGACAGAAGUGUACAGCCUACUACAGAACUUGAAGCUAUAGAAGCUUGCAAGUGGCUGCGGGACUGUGGGUUUCCCCAGUAUGCUCAGAUGUACGAAGAUUCCUGCUUUCCUGUGGACAUAACAUCAGUGGAAACUGAUCACGACUUCCUUGACAGAGACUCUAUACAGUCAUUGAUUCGACGACUUCGGACCCUGAACAGGUGUGCCAGCAUGAGGAUUGAAGCUCCACGACCACAAGUGGUGGAUGACUCUGAUGAAGAAGACCAGUGUGCCAUCAGUAACAAGUGGAAGUUCCAGCGUGUCAGUCGGCGAUGGUCUCGCCUGGAGGACUUCCCCCAGGUACCAGAAGUCACAGUGGACCUGGUGCCUGUCCAGACUUCAGACAUUCCCACCCAGCUGACCACAUCGUACAGUAGUUAUGACAGUGUACUCACUGAUAGUAGUGAUAGAGGGGAGAGCUACAGCUACACUAGUGCCAGCAGUUUUGAUAGCCAGACAGGGGGCUACCUGCGCAGCCCCUGCAUCAGUAGGAAGUCAUCCCGACCUGUGUCCAGCCAGAACACCAAAUCACCACACACAGACGUGCCUGGACUACUUCCAGUUACGAUAGAAAUUGAGCCGGGUGAGCCAAAAGCGCCCCUACCAAAUGACCACAGCAGGGACCACCGGGGAGUGAAGGGACUCCUGAAAAGGAUGGACACGUUGAGACGAAAGCGUAGUCGGAGUUCCAGCAGGAAGAGGAUACAUAGUAAGGACCGUGUUGUCAUCAGCGGGCCAGUGCUUCAGGAGAGCACCGUGAACCAAGUCAGGAUGGACCGGCUGAACUGUGUGGACGUCAGGAAGACUGAUGAGAAUUCCAACGUGCAGGGUAGGGUCGUACCAGGUGAGGUGGUCAGGAGACAGGCGGCCAGCCCUCACUCAAGGAGCAGACGUGAAGGCUGUGUUUUUGAUGAUGACAUCCUGAACAGUUUGAAAACUACAACUGCCAAAUACAGCCCCAACACGUACAACAGAAGAAAUGAGUCGAUUUCUCGCCGCGAAGGUUUCAACAGAGGCAGUGUUGUUCGAAACGGUUGCAUUUCCACGUCCUGCGGGAGCAUGUUGAACUACCACACUGGGAGCUUUAACCUGGGCAGUGGUACAUGCAGGGACGUGUGGCGCCCAGUCAUAAGGAGACAAACCUCAGAAGACUCUCUAGCGACACAUAGUAUCUACGACAACGUUCCCACAUCAUCAUUGGACACUGCGGGAGACAUUGCAGCACCACAGGAUAAGGUGGCUGCCGUGGAGGAGAUCCUGCAGAGCAUCAGCGGACUGAGUCAGGAGAUCAUGUCAAUGAGUUUGUCAGACUUUGACGAGGACGGCAGCCAUAACCCGGGCAGCGCCCCUCCCACGCUGUCCCCCCUGCACCAGCAGGUCCAGCUGGAGAUACAGGACAGGCCAGCCCUGCCGGACAGCGACAUGGGCACGUCCAGUUCCUGGGACGAGCUGGACGAGCGAAGGGGAGUCACACAGAAAGCAAAGGACUCAGGAACCUGCUUGAACAAGCUUGCUGUAGGCAGGCGUUCCCGGGUGCGCUGGCACAGUUUCCAGAAGUCUGGGCGCCCCGCCCUGCAGGCCCAGCCUCUCCAGGUCCACAUCCUGUCAGCAGGGCAGCUUCUCGUCCUGCGCAAACUGUCGCUCCUCAAGCUCACCGCUCUGAUGGAGAGAUACUCUCCCUCCAACCGCAGCGGCUGGAACUGGGCAAUGCCUCGUUUCAUGAAAAGAAUACGAGCCCCUGAGUAUAAAGAUAAAGCAGUGUUUGGGAUCCCACUGCUACAUGUGCUGCAGCAUACAGGCCAGCCUCUCCCACAGUCCAUCAUCUAUGCCAUGGACUACUUGCGCAGGACAGCCCUGGACCAGGUCGGCCUCUUCCGUAAGUCUGGGGCACGCUCGCGCAUCCAGGCCCUGAAGCGCAUGAACGAAACCAACCCAGACAGCCUGAGCUACGAAGGCAUGAUGUGCUAUGAUGUUGCAGACAUGUUGAAGCAGUACUUCCGUGAAUUGCCAGAACCGCUGCUCACAAACAAGCUGUCGGAGACUUUCAUCAGCAUCUUUACACGUCUCCCCAUGGAUCUGCGUCUGCAGGCCAUGCAGGCUGCCGUCAUGCUCAUGCCGGACGAGAACCGGGAAGUCCUGCAGACCCUCCUGCUCUUCCUCUGUGAAGUGGCCAAGAAUGUGGAGAAGAACCAGAUGACACCGUAUAACCUGGCCGUGUGCUUUGCGCCGUCUCUGUUCCACAUCGCUGGACCACGCCGCGGCGAUCACGCCCUCACCAGGCGCCACCGCUCCGGACGGCCCAACGAGAGAGAGCUAAGUGAGAACGUGGCAACCCAUGAAUGCCUCGCAAUGAUGAUUACAGAAUGCCAGGAACUCUUCCAGGUCCCAGAAGACACCAUGAUGCAAUGCCGGUUCACCUACAUGGAGCAGGGAGACCCUGUCACACUGGACCAGCUGGGCAGGAAGAAGUUUGAUGAGAGCUCUGAUUGGCAUAACUACAUCGAGAACUGCAUUCAGGGGCUGCUGAAGGAAUCCCGAGACAAGUUUCGGGGCUGGGUGUCUGUCUCUUGCCCAAAUGAUGUGGAACUAACCUACAAGAAGGUUGGUGAUGGCCACCCUCUCCGACUGUGGAAGUGUGCGGUGGAAGUGGAGGCUCCACCGGUGGAACUGCUCAACAGGGUGCUGAGAGAAAGACACCUCUGGGACGAGGACCUGAUGAAAUGGCGUGUUGUUGAGAAGCUGGACCGGCAGACCGAGGUUUUCCAGUUCGUCACCAACUCCAUGGCCCCCCACCCCACACGGGACUUCUGCACCCUUCGGUCAUGGCGGACCGACCUGCCGCACGACGCCUGCGUACUGGUGGAAACUUCGGUGGAACACCAGGAGGCCGACAUCAUGGGAGGAGUACGCGGGACGGUGCUGGCAUCACGAUAUCUCAUCGAGCCGUGUGGAUCCGGGAAGUCCAGACUCAUACACAUUGUCAGAAUAGACGAAAGGGGGCGCUCUCCGGAGUGGUACAACAGGGCGUACGGCCACAUCUGCGCCGCUCACGUGGGACAGAUACGAGACUCCUUCAAGCAUUCAAACGAGGGACCAGAAACAAAAGUCUAAAGAAUCAAAGGACCAGACGUAUUGAGGACUAGUCCAUAGAGCACGUUGGCAGAACAUACUGCCUGUGUGAAACCUGUAAUGUAUUGUGCAUCGCACUUCGGCAGAACGUCUCACAUCAGGUUGUAUUCGCACAUUCGGUCAACAUCCCGUCUAUAGUUUCAAACUGUUGGGUUGGAAAAGAUAUCGUCUGCAACAGGCAAAAUUCUGAUGCAACGUUGACCAAACAUCCAACGAAAACCGUGAAACAUCAGAGUUUGCACAGGCGCAGUACGUUCUGCCGACAUGCGAGUUUAGACAAUUUUGUACACAUGACUGAUGAGCCUUGUACAUAAUGAUUUCUUGGUACAUGUGACAGUGCCAGAUGUACUGAGGAUUGACGAUAAGCCAUAGUGGUGAAAUGCAAUAAUAUGUAAGUAGUAUCGUAUAUAUCUGGUUCUCAGACAGUAUUAUAUUAUAUGUGUACAGAUAUAUUACUGACAAUGGAGUUCAGUGGAGAUUUGAAGCAUAUUUGUAUUAUGCAGUCAGGGCAUACAUUCCAAAAAUGGACUUCUAUGACUUAUUCCAGAGUCUGAGACAUAAGACAGGUACUCUGCACAUGUAGUACAGACUUGCCUUACGUAAAGCUGACAUUAUUACUUAGUUAGUUAACCAUAGUUGAUUAUUAUUAACAAUGCAGUAUGUGUUGUCCACUACACUGCAGAUGGUGUCAGAACAAUGACGACUCCCAAAUUUGUGUAUAUAUUGGGUCAGAGAAGAGAGUAAUAUUUAUAUUUGAAGGAGUAUUUUUUGCUUCUGAUUUUUUUCUGUCUUUUUCCACUUAUUUAUUGUUUCUCAAAUACCUCAUGGCAUUUUAAACCUCUGUGUACAGUAUUUUAUUUCCACGUAUUAUAAAUAAGUCAAGCCUGAAAGUCAGGAGUGUAAUUCAUCUAACACACGAUUUUGUUCUUGACGAGAAUGCACAUGUUAUGCUAAUUCUUCAUUUCCCCACCUCAAGUGUAGGAUGGUUUCUAUCCUGUAUGCUUGGGUGGCUACUUCUUACCUGUAGUACACAGAAUGAUGGUCUAGUGAUACCGAUGUACCUCUGAAGCACACGUCAGAUAAGUUUCUGUAAACCUGUCAGCUGGAAGACUUUCCAAACUGUGAACAAUAUAAGACUGUGCUACACCGUAGUGUGCUCACCUUAGAACUGAACCAUGAACUCAUGCGAGCACAGAAGUUGAUUUCAGAGACAGAUUUAUGAAGAAUAAUAAAAAAGCAAUAGGCAAGAAGGUAAAUAUGUAGUAUCUCUGUCUUUUCGCUAUCUCACACCAUAAGUUAAUGGAAAUAAAGAAGUAUUGGCAUAAA